AUGGGUUGUGUCUGCAUGAAGCAGAGACUUGACUGUGAAAACCCAACUGUUCUUGCUGCUCAAACCUAUUUUAAGGUGAUUGAGAUAGAAACUCUGUAUGAGCUGUUCAGGAAGUUAAGCAGUUCUAUAGUUGAUGAUGGGCUUAUAAGCAAAGAAGAGUUUCAGCUUGGAUUGUUCAGGAACAGCAAAACACAAAGUCUCUUUGCUGACCGGAUCUUCGAUAUGUUUGAUUCAAAGCACGACGGGGUAAUAGAAUUCGAAGAGUUUGUUAAAUGUCUAAGUGUCUUCCACCCUGAAGCACCAAGAGCAGAAAAAGUGUCAUUUGCAUUUCACUUAUAUGAUAAAUGGCAGAUGGGCUUCAUCGAACGUGACCAGGUCAAAGAAAUGGUUAUGGCACUUCUGAAAGAGUCUGAUUUGAUCUUAUCUGAUGAAAUUGUUGAAGCCAUUCUUGAUAAGACAUUUGAGGAAGCGGAUUUAAAUGGAGAUGGAAGGAUUGAUCUGGAAGAGUGGAACAAACUAGUGGAUCGAAAUCCAUCCUUAUUGAAGAACAUGACUAUUCCAUACCUCAGGGACAUCACAACUGCUUUUCCUAGUUUUGUGCAGAAAUCACACUUAGAAGAUGACACAAACAACUGA